AUGGCCAAUGAGAAGCCAAAGGAAGGCAUCAAGACUGAAAAAAACGACCACAUUAAUUUGAAGGUGGCAGGGCAAGAUGGUUUGGCGGUGCAAUUUAAGAUUAAGAGGCACACACCACUUGGUAAACUAAUGAAAGCCUAUUGUGAACGACAGGACACACCUGCACGGUUGGAAAUGGAGGAUGAAGAUAAAAUUGAUGUAUUCCAGCAGCAGGCAGGAGAUGCUGACUGA